CGGCGGGCGGGCGGGCGCCAUGGCGGAGGUGGGGCGCUGAGAGGCCUCGCGGCCGGGCCCGGGCUGGAGCGGGGGGCGCGCGCCGCCGCCCAGGAAGAUGGAGCCCCCAUCGGUGAGAACCAAAGUGCCCUCCUUCCUUUCCGACCUGGGCAAGGCCACGCUGAGAGGCAUCAGGAAAUGUCCCCGCUGCGGCACUUAUAAUGGCACCCGUGGGCUGAGCUGCAAGAACAAGAACUGCGGCACCGUCUUCCGCUACGGCUCACGCAAGCAGCCCGGGGUCGAUGCUGUUAAGAUCAUCACCGGCUCCGACCUGCAGCUCUACUCGGUGCGUCAGCGGGACCGGGGCCCGGAUUAUCGCUGCUUUGUGGAGCUGGGUGUUUCAGAAACGGCCAUCCAGACGGUGGAUGGGACCAUCAUCACACAGCUCAGCUCCGGCCGCUGCUACGUCCCGGCUUGCCUGAAGGCGGCCACGCAGGGUGUGGUGGAGAAUCAAUGCCAGCACGUCAAACUGGCCUUGAACUGUCAAACCGAGGCCACCCCGCUGACCCUGAAAAGCUCGGUGCUCAACUCCAUGCAGGCCUCUCCCGAAACGAAACAGACUAUUUGGCAGCUGGCCACGGAGCCCACGGGGCCACUGGUGCAGAGGAUCACCAAAAGCGUCCUGGUGGUGAAGUGUAAGGCCAGCCAAAAGCACAGCCUGGGCUACCUGCACGCCUCCUUCGCCCAGAAGAUGAGCACGAAGACGCUGGCGGAGCACAGGUUCUUUUGCUCCUGCCAGACCCUGAAGCCUGGCAAGGCCGCCUCGGCCAAGGAGGAGGCAGCAGCACAGAGGUGCAUUCACUUCUUCGCCUGCAUCUGUGCCUUUGCCAGCGACGAGAGCCUGGCCCAGGAGUUUGCCGACUUCCUCACCCACGACUCAAGCGGUGUGAAGGGGAUCGCCGUCCCUCCGCUGCUGUGCGGCCCUGAGUCCACCCUGCAGGCUGGAGAGGCUGCCAAGGCCAAGAAGAGGAAAAAGGAGCUAACGGCCGGGCCUCUCCUGGCUCAGGACACGGCCGGCCUAAGGAGAAGCAGCCUGAAGAAGCCCACGGUUGCUGCCUCGCUGAAAAGGCAAGGUUGUAACCAACUUCUGGACGAGUCACAAGUUACCCUGUCCUUCCAAGACUGGCUGGCCAGCGUCACUGAGCGCAUCCAUCAGACCAUGCAUUACCAGUUUGAGGGCAAGCCCGAGCCGCUGGUGUUCCACAUCCCACAGGCUUUCUUUGAUGCACUGCAGCAGAGGAUAUCCAGUGGGAGUACAAAGAAGAGGUUGCCCAACUCCACGACAGCGUUUGUCCGCAAAGACGCCCUUCCCCUGGGGACCUUCUCCAAAUACACGUGGCACAUCACCAACAUCCUGCAGGUCAAGCAGAUCUUCGAUACGCCCGAGCAGCUGCCUCUGGAAAUCACACGAAGCUUCAUCCAGAACCGGGACGGCACCUAUGAGCUCUUCAGGUGCCCCAAGGUGGAGGUGGAGAGCAUCGCUGAGGCGUACGGGCGCCUGGAGAAGCAGCCGGCCAUCCGCCCGCUGGAGCUCAAGACCUUCCUCAAAGUGGGAAACACCUCUCCCACCCAGAAGGAGCCCACGCCGUUCAUCAUUGAGUGGAUCCCCAACAUCCUACCUCACUCCCACAUCGGAGAGCUGCGCAUCAAGUUUGAGUACGGGCACCAGGGUGGCCGUCAGCCCCCCACCUCCUUCUCCACCCAACAGCCACCAGCACUGGAGCCCACCCUGGAACUCGCUCCACUCACCACCAUCACCUUCCCCUGAGCUCCAGGGCUGCACUCCAGAACUGCCAGCACGGCCACGUCAGCCAGAAAGAGAGAAAGAAACCAAGCACAAAGCUGCUGCCGCACCUGGAAAAAAUAAAAAGUGCUGCUCACCAGGUGCACGCUGCUCCUCUCUGCACCCAGGAAAGCAAGCUGGGAAGGGCGAGGGGGCUGCACCCCUGCUGCAGUGCACACUCGCAGCCAGGGAAGCCCCAGCUUCAGCCCAGAGCUAGGGGAGGGGGAAACCAGCACAGAGCAAGGACCUGGGGGGAGCAGAGAGCAGGGCUGGGGGUCCUGCUGCCUCUGGGGGACAACUGCCAGCAUUUACCUGAACUUCAGCCUCUCCUUGCUGGCAUCCUGCAGCAGAACCCAGCUGCAUCUUCCCCACGGAUGGAGGAGGGCACGGCCGGCCUCGUUCCCUCCCUCAGGUUGAUGCACCUGGACUUGGGGGGGGGGGGAGAGAGCAGCCCAGGACCCCAAUUCCUGCAGGCAGGGGCUGCAAGCGCUGCACCCCCAGCAGCGGCGCCCGGCCGCAUCCCAGCCCUCCUCCCGACAGCAGCACACGGCCAUUCGUACUGAAAUAAUUUAUUUUCUAACAAUCCAACAAUACAGAAGGAGACACACACACGGCCAGCUCUGCCUAAAACACGUACUCUAAAAAAACAAACCAAACGCGUGUGCUAAAACUUGUAAGAAAAAAAAACCAAAACAAAAA